AUGCACCCACUUGCUGUAUUCGCUAUUGCCUUAGGUGGCGCCAUCAUCAUUUAUGGAGGAUAUGAAGCUAUCAAUACUUUAUAUGAAUGGCAUAACGAUAGGAAGGAGCAGCGAGAAUACGAAGAAUACGUGCGAAUGCAUUCAGAAAAGCAUGGUGGACUCGUACCAGUUACUAUCUUUGAGAAUGAAUCUGAUAAUGAUAGCGAUGAUGAUGAGCCCUUAGCCUUUUGGAAAAAGAAACGAGAGUCGCCGAAUCAUCAAAGCGAGUUAAGACGCAGAAAAAUGUUUCCACAGGAAGACAAGCAAAUUGAAAUGAGUAUUAAUGAGAAGGAAGAGAUGGUAGCGCCCACAGUGAAUACUGAUAUAUUAUCCACCGAACUGAACCCAUUCGUUGAUGAGAAUAGCCCCAAAGCAAAAGCAGAUUUUGAGGAGCAGCAAAGAUUACUGAGUUUGAGAGGAAACAGUAUUACUGGCAUUCCAUUUGAUGAUGAUAACUCUGUCGAGGAAAAUCCAUUUGCUGAUGGCCUUUUCAUGGGAGAAACUGAUUCUCCAAAAGAAAUUCUCGCUUCGGAAAUCAAAGACUAUGUAAACUCUUUUGUGCAGCGACCUUCCACUCCAGAAUUGAACACAACAGCAGAAGAGGCAGAAAAUAAGGAUACAAUAUUAUCGGACAGUGAGAGCUUCUAUCAAUUCAGUAACAAUAAUUUUGCCAUAGUUGGGAAGGACGAUCAAUAUCAAAGUGCUGUCAAUAAGUCGGAUAACGAUAGCUGGUCAGAUCUGGAUGACGCGCAAUUAAGUGAUCAUUCAAUGAAAAAAAGUGAAUCUACAGAGAGCUUUCAAUCCAUUCAACAUCCUCAUCCAUAA